UAGAAAACAAGUCGAUACAUUCGAUAUAAAUAAACACGAAAGGUUUGUGUUUAUUAUAUUACGACGUGUCUGCAUUUUGACCCGUGCCCGAGGAUCUGAAAAGUGCGCGAUCGCCGCCGAAACAAGCAGGACACCAUCUGGGUGUAGCAGGAGCAGGAGCAGGUGGACAGGACACGGCGGAUCAGCUGAAGGAAACGCAAAGGAAGUGGUCACAGUGGGGAGAAGGAGCAAGUGAACUCAACCAUCAUCAUUACCAUCGAUCACAUCCAGGAUGGCUGGGUCCGCACUGCGCCGCCUGAUGGCGGAAUACAAACAGUUAACACUUGACCCGCCCGAGGGCAUUGUGGCCGGCCCCAUCAGCGAGGACAACUUCUUCGAGUGGGAGGCAUUGAUUGCCGGACCUGAGGGCACUUGCUUCGAGGGCGGUGUGUUCCCCGCCCGUCUCGUCUUUCCGACCGACUAUCCCCUGAGUCCGCCAAAAAUGAAAUUCACUUGUGAUAUGUUCCAUCCCAACAUAUUCGCCGACGGGCGGGUCUGCAUAUCAAUACUACACGCACCCGGCGACGAUCCCAUGGGCUACGAGCUAUCCGCUGAGCGCUGGAGUCCUGUCCAGAGCGUGGAGAAGAUUUUGCUUAGCGUGGUCAGCAUGCUGGCGGAACCCAACGAUGAGAGCGGUGCUAAUGUGGAUGCAGCCAUUAUGUGGCGCGAGCAGAGAGAUGAGUUCAACGCCAUCGCCCGACGGCUGGUGCGCAAAACACUUGGUUUGCCGCCGUAAAUGAUCAACGCGCACUGAAAAUGAACCAUGUCCGCCACCGUCGACACAUACCUUCUACCCUGAGCAACACGAUUCCAAGAUUGCGCCCUCAACAACAUGCUAACCCAUUAUUUCCUCAAAACUCCCUCGUCGAGCUAACCGACAAACCCGUUUCAAAUUAGCAAAAAUAAAGAACCUAGCAUCAAAAUCGACUAUCAAGCACAACCAGGCAGCAGAUCGCACCCUCUCAAGUAUAUCCAGCACACUGGCUGCUUCAGCGGACUUAACAGGAGGGCCUAUCACCUAAAGUACUUCACUGGUAGUUAGUCACGAUGCAAGGUGCAAGGUGAAGGCAAAGUGAGGAGUUGGCAAGAAAAAUUCAAAUGCUUAUAUUUCCUAUUAAUAAAUGUUUAUUUUUUAUGUUUA